AUGACAAUGGAGGUCAUGCUGAUGAUGAUGAUGAUGAAGAGGAGGAUGAGGAAGAAGAAGAAGGUGAUGUCGAAGGCCAGGAGGUCAGAUGGGGAGCAGCAGCGCCUUACUGCACAUCCUGGUUUUUCAAAGGAAGUUGAGCCCUCACAACCUCGGGUCACCACUGCUCUUCCAACUGAUUUUGAAUUUCAACACUCAUGCGACAAGGAUGAUAACAUGACUGAGAAGAAUUUAGCAGCUGGCACGUCCAGUGACGAUGACAAUAUGAUCCAGAAUUGUUGUACCCACAACAGCUUGUCAGGAACCAUCCCUGAGAUCCUUACAGCUUCGCUUGUACAAUGGCUUGAAAGCAGCCAACAAGUCAAAGGUAAUAUUUGGCCUGAUUACAAGCCUGAGAUGGCCAAGCUCCUGUUUGAAGACCUAUCAACAUGGUGCUCGGACCUCAAGAGAAUCACCAUCAGUAUCACACCCUCUAUGUAUGACCUCGUCCUGCCAUCUCAUGUUCCCCCCCAAGAAUGUGCUACGUGGGUCAAGGAACACGCUGCAAAACUACUUGAAUUGUCUCUUUUUCUCUGCAAUGGUGUUGAUAGUCUUGGGAAAACUCGAAACAUUGCUCACCCUGCACUCCACAAAGCCACCAUUUUGUUCUUCUAUACUGGGUCUUAUUGUAUCGCUUGCAGGAGACCUGAGGUUUUCCAUGAGCAGCUACCACUGGAGUGCUUAGCUUUGGUUUGCACUGUGUUCAAUUGUGUUCUUGACGGUUUAGUCAAGAACGGUAAUGGAAAGUUGUACCCGAAGUUUUCUGCCAAAGAGUACAAGUCAAUCUAA